AUGGGUCCUGCUCUGCCAGCCGAAGCUCCCACCACACAGGUUCCUCACUUACCUCGGAAUAGCACCAUGAUGCAAGCAGUGAAGACCACACCCAGACAGAAGUCUCCACUCCUGAGCCAGCCAGUUCCUGAGCUAAGCCCCUUCAGAGCCCCAGUGAGUCUGUCAAGCCCCACUGGCACAUCCCUCCCCAGCGUUGAUCUGCUCCAGAAACUCAGGUUGACCCCACAGCAUGACCAAAUACAGGCGCCUCCGCCGCCGCCGCUGCUUGGAAAAGGUGCAGCGGCACCUGGCUUUUCCUCAGCAGCUGGCCGGCUGGCCACCCCUGAGAGCUUCAUAGAGCCUCCCUCUAAGACCGCAGCAGCCAGAGCAGUGCCCUCAGCCUCCCUGAGCAACAUGGUGCUUGCUCCAACCCUUCAGAUUGCAGGCCCUGCGUUGGUCACUGCAGCAACCACAGCAGUGUCUUCUAUCCUGCUGUCCCCCAGUGUGUUCCAGCAGACAGUCCCCAGGUCCACAGACCUGGAGAGGAAAGCAAGCUCUCCCUCUCCCCUCACUGUUGGAACUCCAGAAAAUCAGAGAAAGCCUUCCAUUAUUCUCAGCAAGUCUCAGCUCCAGGACACACUGAUACAUCUAAUAAAGAAUGACUCUAGCUUCCUCAGUACACUUCAUGAAGUCUACCUGCAGGUGUUGACCAAGAAGAAGGACAGCCACAACCUAUGACUGGAGUACAGUCAAUGUGAGGGUCAAGGGUGCACCUCAAAAACAAGCAGGCUUCCUCAUGGAACAUCUCAGUAGAACAUGGAGCUUUGAGAAGCCUGAGUUUGAGCCUUUGAGAGAGCCUUGUUCCUUAAGGCUGUUUUCUAGAGACAUUCUCAGUGAUGAUGGAGGUUUCACUGUGAAGCAUCACCAGCAGACCUUUGAUUGACAAAGACAGCAGAAAAGACCAUUGUGUUGAGUUCGGUGGGGUGUGGAAGGAGGAGCCUGAUUGUCAGCUUACUUUCCAGGCCUCG